CAACCAACAUGUCGCUGUCCAUGAGGUCUUGAAGGCGUCACUGCUGCUAUUUUUCGCGAAUUUUCCUUCUAAAGUUCAACAAAUCUCCAUCUAGCAUGGCUAUGUUACCCAGGCGACUUCUUCUCGAAGCGGACGUCCUGUUUCUAACUCGGAUCCAUCGCUUGGUGUCUUCCAAAGCCGGCCAAGCCUAUCAUUUUCCAAUAACCUCCAGGACAGCUACUAGAACUUCAACAAGUCGACUCAAAUGCCUGUCACAAAUUCACGUGUCUAGAAGGACAAAAACUACUACAGUUCGCCACAGUUUCUCCAACCCAGUCGCAAACGUUGCUACAGCCAGCAGUGCCGUCUGUAAACGUCAGCUUUCCGCCGAAAGUGACGACGACAUCCCCUGGUUUGUUGAUCCGGAAAAACCUCUAGAAAUGGUGGAACACUUGGACGAUGGUGAAGUUGAAGUUCGAAAGGAAAAAGUUCAAAAGCAAGCGGUAUCUGAUGACACUGGCAGUGUUAAGAAGGUCUCAGAGAAAAAGAACAUCAUAAGUGGUCGGACAAUACCGAGGGUCGACAAACUUACGAAGAAGCAACUCAUAGGAAGGAUUCAGAACAGAGGCAUUGUAUAUGAUGAUGGUCACAUUGUAGCAAUAAACAAGCUGGCAGGUUUACCUGUACAAGGUCAGACUCCAGAACAGCUGAGUAUCAACAGUCUACUCCCUGAGCUGGGUGCAGCUCUAGAAGCUUCUGACUUGUCCAUCGUGAAACCCUUAGACUGGCACCUAUCGGGAAUUGUACUGCUGGCCAGGACACCUGAAGCUAGGGCAGAGGUCUUCAACGUUACAAAAGCUGCCAGGCAACGCGACAAAUUCUACAGGAAAUACUGGGGUGUAGUUAUUGGGAAUCUUGACCCAUCUGAAGGGGAAAUCAAGUGCCACCUUGCCCAGCAGAAAAUUGGAGAUCAUACAAUGACUGUACCAGUGUUAAACCCAACCCAAGCUGCAGUGAGAAGGAAGGAGGCUCGGAACUGUCUGACGAGAUACAAGGUCCUCAGUCAGGGGCAGGGAUAUGCCCUGGUACAGCUGGAGCCUAGGCAAAUGUUUGUGGACCAACUGCAGGUCCAUCUGACCACCAAGCUGUGCAGUAUACUGGGUGACCAUGUGUACUCAUCACGUGUGGGGAGUGUCGCAGGAAUGCCUGCACUCAUGGAGCCAACCAAUGUCGGCCCAAGGACGCAGCGAGUGCCAAAGGAUAUCCUGAAGAAGAUGAACCUGCGGGCCAUCCAGAUGCACAAAGUUCCCGUCCACCUGCACUGUGGGGAGAUGUUACUGCCCGGGUACAGGGGACGGGACGUCAGGAUCACUGCCCCCCUCCCCAAACACUUUCUGUGGACACUACAGCUGCUAGGACUGGAGGACCCCACAAAUGAGUCAUGAAGUGCAGAAUGAUGCAGAAAGUUCCUAUACAGCUGAACUUUGAAGAGACAGUCUUUUCUAGGCAAUUACUGUACUACCCCCCUCCCCAAACAUUUUCUACAGACACCAGUCAGAGAGAGAGAGUCUACAGGUGCUAGGACUGAAGGAGUAACGUUACAGAUGUAUAAAGUACAUGUUCAGCUGAACUGUGAAGAGAGAGUUUUUUUGGGGUAAUCACUGCCCCCCUCCCCAAACAUUUUUUUCCUGGACACUAGAGCUGCUGGGACUCAAGGACCCCACACUUGUUCACAAGCCAUGAAAAUGAAAUGCAACAAUAAGCUUUAAGGACUGCCAAAUUAAAUUUCAUGGACUAUAUCCCCUGGGAGCUAGAUGCAAUGAAGAAUUUAAACAAAUAAACUGCUACUGGCGGUUUGAACUUUUUUUAUUUAUACAUGUAAUAGUACAAAUGUAUUUCAAUUUCAACAAUUAUACACUAUUACAUACAUUAUAUAUUGUAGGCUACCAUGUCACGUUUCAGUUGUUAUAGUUUCCAAAUUAGUUUCCAAAUUGACCACUGUCAUAAUUACCAAUAUGUCAAAUCGUGUCCUAUUCUUUGGAUCAAGCAAAGAAAUGUAACACAUUGGUGUAUUCAUAUUAAAAAGUGUAGAAAAUGUAAUGUAAAGACUAUCCAUGGUAAACCACAACCACACUGUACAGUACUAUGGAGGUAGAAUGAUUUGUACUACUAAAAUUUGUUCAUAUAAAACAGUCCGUUAUCUGUUACUUUGCUUUGGAAAAAUGUAGAUUUGAUCACACAAAUACAACAGUAUCAGUAUCGGACGACACAUACAAACAUUCAUCACCAGUUUUACAUGAUUAAAAUCCAAAAGAGUAGUCCGCUAUUGCAUAGUCUUUUUUUUUUUUUCAAUUUUUGCUGCUACUUAAAAAAUGUCAAUAUAGUUCCUCUAAACUCCAAUGAGCUCAUAAUUGCAUGUUGGCUUGGUCAGGAAUGGUCCCAGUGAGGAUCAAAACUUGGAGACGGUGUACCUGAAAUGUAUUUAGGAAAAUCAUUACAAAGGACUAUCAAAUGUUCAGAUAUUGAUUGAAGAUGUGUUAUGGAAGGUUACCGGUAUUAUAUGUGUCAUUGUUACUACAAAAAUGUACUAAUCUUACAGAAAAGUGCUCAAGGUAUUCUGCAACGCCAUGUUUCCAUAGCCAUCUAAUUUUAACAGCUAACAGGUCU